CUAGCAUUUCCGAGUAAUUUAGCCCACCUCAUAAUCUGCAGCCAUGAAGUGGGUAGCGUUAAUUUCAUUGAUUUUCCUCUUUAGUUCUGCUACAUCCAGGAAUCUGCAAAGAGUGGCUCGAGACACAGACCACAAGAGCGAGAUUGCCCAUCGCUACAAUGAUUUGAAGGAAGAGACGUUUAAGGCAGUUGCCAUGAUCACUUUUGCCCAGUAUCUUCAGAGAUGUUCUUACGACGGACUGUCUAAGCUGGUGAAGGAUGUUGUUGAUCUGGCACAGGAGUGUGUGGCCCAUGAAGAUGAUCCAAAGUGCAAAAAACCACUGCCCACCAUUUUCCUGGAUGAAAUCUGCCAAGUAGAAAAGCUCCGCGACUCAUAUGGUGCAAUGGCUGACUGCUGUAGUAAAGCUGAUCCUGAAAGAAAUGCGUGUUUCCUGACAUUUAAAAUUCCCCAACCAGACUUUGUUCAGCCGUACCAAGUACCAGCGUCUGAUGUGAUAUGCCAGGAGUACCAGGACAACCGGGUGUCACUCCUGGGACA